AUGGCCUUCAAGUUUAACCUCUUCAACUUUUGUUUCUCGUACCAGUUCUUAAUAAGUUUCGCUGUGAUUGCUGUAGCCAGUGCCGACCUAAUUCCUUUGCAACAACAUGAAUACGCCGCAGAACAUCAACCAAUUUACCACAGCGUACCAGCAACUCAUGUAUCAGCACCUCAGCAUGUUAUAUUGCAGAAGCAUCAUGGUGAGCACGAACAAUAUCCCGAUGAUCCACACCCACAAUACAACUUUGCCUAUGAUGUGCAAGAUGCUGUUUCCGGUGACUCGAAGAGCCAAACUGAAAGUCGUGAUGGCGAUGUUGUUCACGGAGAAUAUUCAUUAACUGAUGCUGAUGGUUUCCGUCGUACAGUGAAAUACACCGCUGAUUCUGUAAAUGGCUUCAAUGCUGUCGUGCAUCGUGAACCACUAACACACAAAGUGGUUGCCGCUGCAGCUGUACCAGUGCAUCAAUACCAACAUGCACCAGCUGUCACUGCAGUCAAGGCUCCCGUUGCAUAUGUAGCUCCAACCUAUGCAUCUCUUCCGGCUCAUCAUGAACAACAUAAUCAAUACGCUACAUACGAAUCUCCUGAACAUAAUGGCAGUGGUUACUAUCAUCAUUAA